UGUCUCAACGUAAUUUGGUUCACGGCGGUUUCUUGAUUGUGCGGCUGUGAUCAGCCCUCGACGGUCGCUAGGGUUUCUGUUCCCACACAAAGCCCACGUUUUGAUCGACGAGAGAGCCGCGCCGUAUUGCUCGGAUAGCCAUUCCCGAGGGUUUCUUCCCCGUCUCUAAAUUCUAUCCAACUCUUUCUUCUCCACCCGCAGCCUUCGAAAAAACACAAAAAAAUCCAAAAAAAACCAGGAAAAAGGGGAAAAAAAACACAAGGGGAAGAAAUCGAUUAUCAUAUUUUUCAUCUAGUAUCCAUAUCUGUUAUCGGUCAUCAGUAUAUCCGGGAAAGGAGGAGGGCUUGUGUUCUACCCGUUUCCAAUUUUCCUCUAGGGUUUUCUACGGGAAAAGGUUAAAGAAAAAAAGGAAACCAGGUUCAUGGCGCAGGUGGAGUUGCCGCCUCAGGCUCUACUGGACGUCUCGAAUGGAUUGCCGGAGGUUAGUGACGCCUCUUCUUCUGGCGACUCUGGAAACCCGUACCCGUUCACGUCAACAUCGCUGUACGUUGGGGACCUUGACCUGAACGUCACGGACGCACAGUUGUAUGAUACGUUUCGCCAAGUCGGCCAGGUUGUGUCUGUCCGCGUGUGCCGGGAUACUUCUACCCGCCGAUCGCUUGGAUAUGCUUACGUUAAUUUCAGCAAUCCGGUGGAUGCGGCAAGGGCACUGGAAGUGCUGAACUUCACCCCUCUAUGUGGGAAGCCUAUUCGAAUAAUGUAUUCAAAUCGUGACCCUAGCUUGCGUAAGAGCGGGACUGCUAACAUAUUUAUUAAGAAUUUGGAUAAAACAAUUGAUAACAAAGCACUUCUGGACACCUUUUCUGCAUUUGGUAACAUUCUUUCGUGCAAAGUAGAAACUGAUGAGUCUGGUCGGUCAAAAGGCUUCGGCUUUGUACAGUUUGAUCAAGAGGAAGCAGCACUAAAUGCUAUUGAAAAGUUAAAUGGCAUGUGUCUCAAUGACAAACCAAUUUAUGUUGGACAUUUCCAACGUAAGCUGGAAAGGGAGAAUACAUCAAAUAUUGCAACAUUUAACAAUGUAUUUGUAAAAAAUUUAUCUGAAUCUACAACAGAAGAUCAUCUGACAAAAUUUUUUGGUGAAUUUGGAAAAAUUACUAGUACUGUUGUAAUGAGAGCAGGGGAUGGAAAGUCAAAAUGCUUUGGCUUUGUGAAUUUUGAGAAUUCAGAUGAUGCUGCGCGAGCUGUAAAUGAACUGAAUGGAAAGAAAUUUGAUGGAAAGGAGUGGUAUGUUGGGAAAGCGCAGAAGAAACAUGAAAGAGAGAUAGAAUUGAAGGGAAGAAAUGAUCCGAAUAAUAAAGAGAUUGUUAAAGAGUACCAGGGCCUUAAUUUGUUCCUGAAGAACUUGGAUGAUAGUAUUGGGGAUGAGAAAUUAAUGGAAUUGUUUUCUGAAUUUGGCACUAUCACAUCUUGCAAGGUUAUGCGCGAUCCAAAUGGAACAAGUAAAGGAUCAGCUUUUGUUGCUUUUUCAGCUGCAGAAGAAGCUUCUCGAGCGCUUUUGGAAAUGAAUGGCAAGCUGAUCGGUAGCAAACCUCUUUAUGUUGCACUUGCUCAGAAAAAGGAAGAGAGGAGAGCACAAUUACAGGCACAAUUUAACUCAAUGCGUCCAGUAUCAGUGGCUACAUCUGUUGCUCCAAGGAUGCCAAUGUAUUCUCCUGGUGCUCCUGGAAUACCACAACAGGUUUUUUAUGGUCAAGGUCCUCCUGCACUUAUUCCUCCACAGAAUGGUUUUGGCUUUCAACAGCCUCUUGUGCCUGGAAUUAGACCUGGUGGAGCACCAAUGCCAAAUUUCUUCAUGCCAUUGGCUCAACAAGGUCAGCAAGCUCAAAGACCAGGUGUUAGAUAUGCUGGGAUGGGUCCUGCUCAACCACGACAUCCUGUUCCAAUGAUGCAUCAACAGAUGCUUCCUAGAGGACGUACUUAUCGCUAUCCUCCUGGACGAAAUGUUCCUGAUGUUCUGAUGCCGGGUUUUGCUGCUGGAAUGCUAUCUGCUUAUGACAUGGGGGGUUUGCCAUCAAGGGAUGCUAUUAUGCCACAGCCAUUUUCUGCUGAUGCGAUGCCUUCAUCUCUUGCCAAUUCAACCCCAUAUGAGCAGAAGAGGAUCCUUGGGGAGAUUCUUUAUCCUUUGGUGGAUCAGAUCGAACAUGAAAAUGUUGCAAAGGUAACUGGAAUGCUUCUUGAAAUGGAUCAAACUGAAGUUCUGCAUCUGCUAGAGUCUCCUGAAGCUCUCAGGGCCAAGGUUUUUGAGGCUAUGGAGGUCCUUAAGGAAAAUGCUAAUGCGCAUGGAGACCCCACAAAUCAGCUGGCUGGACUGUCACUCAAUGAUAGUAUUGUUGCUUGAGCUGCAACCGCGAAUAAAAAAAAAAUUCUAAUAUUUUAGAUUAUUGGACCGUAUGACUCAUUUAAAGAUUUACUACUAAGCUUGCCUUUCUUUUAAUAAUGGCAUCAUUUCUUGAGCUACUUUGAAUGCUUUUCAUGUUUUUAUUUUUAUUUUCUGGACUAAAGAUUAUGCUAUAUGAAACUUUUAAACAUUAUUUCGGUUUUUUA